CAGACACAUCCUCCUCCUCCUCCUCCAUCACCACACUUCAACCUCACAUUCCACUCUUUUUUCUUUUCAAUUCACUAAUAUCACACUAAAAGACAAAAGCAAUAAAAGAAAUGUCCACCUCCACCCCCGACUCCCCCCUCUCCGACCUCUGCUCAAUCUGCCACCUCCAAUCCCCCAAAUACCGCUGUCCGCGAUGCUCAACGCGCACCUGCUCGCUACCCUGCACACGGCGUCACAAACUCUGGUCCCAAUGUUCAGGGAUCCGCGACCCAGCAGCCUACCUGCGCCGCUCCGAACUAGCAACGGAAUCCGCCUUCGAUCGGGACUUUAACUUCAUUACGGGGAUUGAGCGCUCGAUUGAGCGCGCGGGACGAGAUGCGGAGAAUAGAGGGAUUGAUGUUGCUUCUUCGAAUGUGAGGGAUUUGGAGGCGGUUGGGUUGGAUGCGGGAGAUGUUGGUGGGGAUGGGAAGAAGGGUGGUGUUGGUGCUGGGGGAAAGAGGAAGAGGGGAGGGGAUACUGCUGGUAAUGGCGGUGGUGGGACGAGGGCUGAGAUGGAGUUUUUGAGACGUGCGGAGGAGAGAGGGGUUAGGGUUGUUAGGGCGCCGAAGGGGAUGAGUAGGAAUAAGGGGAAUGGGAGUCGGUGGUUGGGGAGGAAUCAGUGUUUGGUUUGGACGGUCGAGUGGGUUCUGAGUGAUGGGGAGAAGAGGAUGAGGAAUUGCUCGGAGAUGGCUCCUGUUGCGGAUUCUUUUGAUCGGGUGGUUCCUCUUUCUACGGAGGAGGGAGGUGAUGAGCAGGAUCAGAAACAGACUGGGGAUGAGAAGCCAGGGGAGACGCCAGAGUCGAAGACGGAGCAACAACCGCAGGAUGCCACAACUACAGCCACGGAGCCAGCCUUGACUACACAAUCUACACAGCCGACAGACACGCCAACUGCUCAACCCGAAGCUUCAGAGGCGACACUUACAUCAGACGUGCUGCCACUCACCCCCCACCGUGAUCUCUACUUCUACCUCCAUCGGCCGCGGACAGCUACGAAACAGCCUGUUUUGGCCCCCCUGUCCCCCAAGAUCACCAUUGCUGCCGCUCUGCGUGGUCACACAGUCUUGGAGUUCCCGACUAUCUACGUGCUGCCGGACUCACCUGAUACUAUACGGGCCCAGGAAGGUUCCAAGUACAUUCUAGAGGAAGAGUACCUCCGCACACAUCAGUCGCCGGAGGAGAGCAGCGAGGAUACGGGGGAUGCAGACGACACAUUGCCUCCGGGUGCCAUUGACCUUCAAGGCGUCGACGAAUCCAAGGUUCUGGAAGUCCUCCAGAAGGAUCUGUUCGAGCCUUCGGCAGCAGCGUAGGAGCUAUCUAGAUCUGGCUGGAGCAUCAUGACAAGGGAGGGAGGGGACAUCUACUUAUACCUAAUAUUUGUUCAUAUCAUAGCGACAACUGGAGAGCCGGGUAGAACCGUGCUUUACUUGCAUCUGCACUAGGAAGAAAUCAUCUAUGAUCGGCGGAUGCACUUCGAGGCAGUCUGAGCGAAGACAGCGAUCUCGACCGUAUAGG